CAGCAAUUUUCGACGUUGCAAUAAAAUUUAGAUCGUAUAUUUUUGAAACGUUUCAAUAAUACUCUGCUCCGGAAGAUCCCAUUGAGUCACCUCUUAUCAACACUAGGCACCAGGAAUGUCUUCCUGCUAUCGUUCCGUGUGCUCGGCUCGCCAAAACGUGCCGCCAUAUCAGAAGACCCAAUUAACAGCUCUGGUCACCGGUGGGACCGGCGAUGGCAGAAGCUUGUUGCGUCAGCUCGAGGCCCGGUUAAACAGUUCCUGGUGGACCGCGUGUUUCAUCAAGUGGUAUGCCGUGCUGAUCAACGUUGUCGAAGCGCUUUUAGCGACACAUGAAAUUCUGAAGUGGAUACGAGGCCGAUCCAGGGGAAGCCAUGAGCGGACCGCUAUCCUGUCUGAUUCCGUGCGCCACAAUUUGCAUCUGAUGACACAAAUCGUGAUGUUGCUGUGCAAUGUUUCAGCCAUUGUGGGUGUGAUUAAGUCUGAUUUCAUGCUGCUGCUUCCCUACCUUCUUAUACACGUGACAACUCUGGCUCUGGAGGUGAACUAUUUCAUAACCGGUGUGGCUUUGGAUUGGUGUCUGCAUACAUCGACGACGAAGCCGAGCGUUGUCAACGGACCAACCCGGCAGUCUCUCGCAGUGUUGGCUUUUGUCGCGUUUAAUUUGCUGAUAAUGAUCGGAGCAACAUUUUCUGCUGCUACCCCAGAUCCAUCCAAAAGUGCACCAGCGAGGAACGUAUGAAUAGAGGGAUAGCCAGAAUGCAGUUUUUUGUGUUUUUUGCAAAAACAGCUCGUGGUCGAGCAUGACCGCAAUGUCUCCGUUUAUUUCAUAGUGCGGAUAAAUUAUUCGGUGUUUUCAA